AUGGAGUACUCAUAUUUGGAUUAUUUGGGCGACUUAUCAGAUAUUCUGGAAGAUGAUUUAGACCUGGUAGAUAUUAUUGUGAUGGGACUACCCAGGCGCACUUAUAGUCGGCCAAAUUACUCUGAAGAAAUGGAUCCACUGGGUUUUUUCAGAAGGUUCCGGUUAUAUAAGGAACCAGUGUUGCAUGUAUUAUCGCAAAUAGAUGAUCUCAAUUAG